GUGAAUAACCAGUGCAGAGGGACUAAUCAGUGAAAACAGCUGGUGUUUGAUUGGACUGAAAACCUUGUGGAGUUCAAGAGGCAGCAUGAAAGAGAGACUCAAAAAGUUGCCUCAGUCUGGAGAAGAGACUAGUCAAGACUGCUCCUCACCAGAAUCCCACCCAGUUGGAGCAACAAUGACUUCCCAUGUGAAACUCCGAAAGGAGAGGGUUGGUAUGGUGGACUACGACACACAAAUAAAAGAGGUACGUUGCCAGCUUGUAGACCAGCUGAAGGUGUUGGACUUGCAACUUGAGCAGAAGAGCCAGCAGCUGCAGGACCUGACAGACUAUCUGCGACGACGGGGUGAGAUUGAAAGCGAGUACGCCCGCUCCCUUGAAAAACUCGCUGAAAAGUUCACUUCCAGGAUCAAGAGGAAGGAGCCCAGUAGUCACUCAGUGUCCCAGGUUUGGCUGGCUCUGUUGUCCCAGACCCGCCAAGAAAGUAGAGACCACAAUAGGCUGAGUGAGAGCUGCAGCACCUCCCUCAUCCAGCCCCUCACACACUGCCUGGAGUACACACAACGCCUUGCCAAGAAGAGUAAAGAUAUCUGUACUCAGCUACAAGAUGGACUACUCAAAGUUACCACAGAGCUGCAGACUGCAUGGCGGACAUACUACCAGUACCACUCAGACUAUGUGAGUGCAGAGGGGAAGCUGAAGGAGGCUGAGAAACAGGAGGAAAAGCAGAAGCAGAGUGCUGCUAAGAAACUGGAGAGGUUGAUAGAAAAAAGACAAGUUAAGGUCCAAGACAUCUACCUGAAGUGCAGCAAAGCCCGAAACGAAUACCUCCUAAACUUGGCUGCAGCCAAUGUCUCCAUGAAUAAGUACUACCUCCAAGACAUCUCCACUCUCAUAAACUGUGCAGAUGCAGGGUACCACCUCUCUUUGGGCCGGGUGAUGCAGGCCUACCUGUCCAGUCGGUGGCAGACCCAGCAGAACCUGAGCACGGGGCUGCAGCAGCUCCAAGACACCGUGUCCAGACUGGAUCAGAGCCAGGACAGAGACACCCUCCUGAGGGACCACUAUAACACCUUCUGUAUGCCCCUUCGCUUCCCCUUUCAGCCCCAUGAUGGUGACCAGGUUUCCGAGGUCAGUGCAGAGUGUGAGAUGAGAUGCGAGCUGGAGACCAGAUUCAAACAAAUACAAACCAGAUUGAAAGCAGUCACCCAGGAAACAGAGGAGGCUAGUAAGAGCAUGUCAGCAUCCCAGUCUUCCCUGCUGGAGAGCAUCUGUGAUGAUGACCUGGAGCUCGGCAGUGGUUCAUCUCAGGAUGGCAGCACCGAGAACCUGACAGUCAAGCCCAGUGUGGCCCGCCGCAGGGCCAACAUGCAGGAAAUUGAAAACCUUUACUUCACCAGAGUGAAAGAGUACCUUGUAGACAGCUCUCUGGUAUCUAAACUGCAAGCCAAGCAUGACCUGCUUAAAGUAGCUGUGGAAAAAGCUGAAGCAUCAAAUGGACAUCAGCCUAGACAGAAUGGAAAGUCUCUGCGUGUCAGGAAGACUCCCUCAAGUGCCAAUUUGAUGCACAACCACAAACUUUUUAAUGGAGACAUGCUGUCCUUCAUCCAGGCAUCAGGACAACAGAUUCCAAUUGUUGUGCAAAGUUGCAUUCGCUUUAUCAACCUCAAUGGUCUCCACCAUGAAGGGAUAUUUAGAGUGCCAGGGUCUCAGAUGGAGGUCAACAGCCUGAGGGAUGCAUUUGGGCGAGGAGAGGACCCACUGGCUGAGGGGAGAUAUGACUUGGACUCUGUUGCUGGAGUGCUGAAACUCUACUUCAGAGGUCUGGAGAAUCCCCUCUUCCCCAUUGACAGCACCAGCCAACUCCUGGAGCAUGUCCAAAUAAAGAACGAGGCAGAGAGAGCAGCUCAGCUCAAAAUGGUCAUCUCUUCCUACCCUGAGCCUGUCAUCGUUGUCAUGAGAUACCUUUUUGCAUUCCUUCAUCAUGUGUCUCAGUACAGUGACGAGAACAUGAUGCAGCCUUACAACCUGGCUGUGUGUUUUGGCCCCAGUCUGGUAAGAGGAACUCACGAUGAUGAUGUCGUCACCCUGCAGCCUCAGAUCAACGCCCUGGUGAAUAACAUCAUCCUCCAGCAUGAAAGCAUCUUCCCCAACCAGAGCGAAGUACAAGGACCGGUAUAUGAGAAAUGCAUGACACUGGAACAGGAUGACUGUGAGCCUAUCAUUGAAGAUGGAGAUGUAGAAGCAGAGUACACACAUAGCAAAGAUGAGUUGGAAAGAGGAUCCUCAGUUGACAACAUCACCAGCUUGUCUGCAGCAGCAACACAGAAAAAAGUAGAACGUCCCAGAGCCAACAGCAGCGGUUCAAUUGACCAAAGGUUGAAAGCUGGACCAGCAGGGGGAGGCACUGCUUCAGGUGGAAAGUUAAUGCUCCAGAUUCCUAUUGGGCCACACUGCAGGCCACGACGGGUCCAAUCGCCUGGCAAUGUGCACAGAGACUCGCAACACUCAUCUUCUGAGGAUAUUCUCGUUCAAGUAGACAAGGAGGUCUGUCGCCAGAUGGACUCAGUCUUCAAGGAGCUCCUCACGCGGCAAGCAGUGAAGGAUCCCUCCUCCGCCGCCUCCUCUCCCUCUGCCCAAGCUCCCCAAAGGAAAGGGAGGUGGGAUGUACGCAGGAGUAGAGGAGCAGGGCUCUUCAAAGUAGCAGAUCCAUUAGACUGAGAGUACUGGGGGCUAGGGUGAUGUGUUCUGACGGUAGCUUUCAGCACCUCUAUUUCUAUAGCUGUUAUAUUCUGUGAUCACUGACCCAUAGUCAUUCACCUGAGGUCCCUGUGAUUGGUUUGGGCUUCUUUCCACAGGGUGGCUCCCUACUCAGAAGCUCUUUCAUUGAUGUUUUGUACAGCAGAAUCCUGCUGUGACUGCAGCCCUGCAUUACAAUGUGGAAACUGUAGAUUACUUGUAAUGCACAGAUGUGAUUAUGUACAGCUGAAUGUGGUUGUGCAACUUAUGACUUUUAUAUCUGCAUCUGUGUGGGUGUUGAUAUUCAACUGUUUCAAGUUUAAGCCAAAUUUUCUCAGUGAUUUUUAGUCCAUUCACGCACAUCUACAUACAAACACAUAUACAUUAUUCAUCAGAUGUCUGUUUGCCAAAAUGAGAUGCCGUCACAUAGUUAAGAAAACUGUGAAUAUUGUAGCUGUAAGGAAUUUGUAUAUAUUAAUUUGUAACUUGGUUCACACUUUGAUUUGUCUGUAUAUUUAGGCUUCAUGCCAAAUAAAUAUUUUGUCUACUCUGA